AUGGUGCAUACCGGCUCAGGAAUAACAAUCAUUCGUCAUGACACGCUUAAGAAGUUCUCUCACAAUCAUAAAGUCAAAAACGAUCAUCGAACAUAUUCAACCGCCAAUAACGGUGAGCUCAAAACAAUUGGCACGGUAUGGUUGAAAGUCAAAAUUGGACCAGCUCUCACAUUUGUUAAAGCUGCAGUCUCAAACGAGUUGUGUACUUCAUUGUUGCUAGGCAGUGAUUGGGCACAAGAAAACAAUAUAAAUAUCAAAUGCGGAGAGCGCAUCGUCGUGUGUAAAACUAAACAAGGUCAGAAAGCAUCUGUUCCAUUUUUCGAAAUCGAUGAUAAUAAAAUCGCUCGACUUGUUCACACUGUUCGACUCGCACCCAGACAAGAAGCACAAAUUCAAAUACGAGUACCGGUGCGUGACGCGGACACUCUCAUGUUUACACCCAAUACGUAUGCGGCGAACAAAUCUGAGGUUCUUUUCUCACAUGCAUUGAUCAAAGUUGAAAAUUAUACAUCGUUAAUAACAGUAAUUAAUCCGUCCGUAUUUCCUCGGGUAUUAUCUAAAAACAUCACCUGUAUCAGUACGGUUUCAUAUCCGUCCUCAAGGUUGUGUGUUGCUCUAGUUAACUCUGAUGAAAAGCUACAACAGUCAUCACUAUUACACUCAAACACUGAUACUCGACAUCAAUGUCGAGAAUGUUCCCUUCAAUUUCCAUCUAGGCAACAAAUGUUUAAUCAUCUACGCGAAUUGGAUCAUUGGAAAAAAGAUCAAGAAUCGGACUAUGAAGCACCGAAGUCUGUCUGUGAUGACAUUGAUAAAUUGGUCACAUCAAUAGACAACCGUGUUGAACGUGAAAAAGUGAGAAUGUUGUUACGAAGAUACGCAGAAAUAUUUGAUACAACGAAACCAUCCGUUAUUGAUACCACCAUCAAACACACCAUUGAUUUGGAAGAAGGUAGUCGUCCUACCACCGCAGCAUAUUAUAGACAAAAUCCGAAAAAUAAUGAAAUCAUUGAUGAAGCGGUAAAACAACUAUUACAAGAAGACAGAGCAGAACGAUCUUAUUCAGCAUGGUCGUCACCCAUUGUCUUGGUUAAAAAAAAGAUGGCUCACCCCGCUUUUGUAUUGAUUUUCGCAAAUUAA